AUGGUUCAAACUUUUUUUUGUAAACGAAAGACAAAACGAUGUCCAAUGACGUUCUUUUUCAACAUACUUGACAUUGAUGCUCUUGCUGCUUUUCUGGUAUGGACAACCAACAAUCCUCAAUGGAAUGAAAAGAAAAACUACCGUCGCGGUCUAUUUCUAAUGGAAUUAGGUUAUGAUCUUGUUCAAUCGCAUUUGGACCGACGACGACAGCAACCACAUGCACUUCAACAGAAUGUUCCAAUAGCCAUACAAGCACUUGGACUCACUGUUACUACUUCACAUCCAACUAUUGUUUCAACAUCUAAUGGCAAGCAACGUUGUCAUAUUUGUCCAAGAGAACGUACUCGAAAGGCUAAUACUCAUUGUUCAGAUUGUAAUGCUCCUUGCUGUCCAGAUCAUCAUACAGUUAUUUGUACUAUGUGUAACGAAACACUAUCAGGAUAA